AGAGCAAGAAUAGGUGGGAUUAGUCCGAAAACGGGUGGCUCAAGGAUAACGUUUGUGAGCUGUCCGUUUUGUAGGUCUCUGACGAGGGAAUAAUAAUUAUUAAUUUGUUUAAUUAUUGUGGAAUUGUUUAUAAAAGUUGUAAAAAAGGGCUGUAUAGGGAAGUAAUUAGCUGAUAAAAAUGGGGAGUUUGGUUCUGGAGCUGAAGCGUUGGGCGGCGGAGGAGCUGGAUUUACCUCCUCACAAACUCCCACACGACAGCUACAUCAAAACGUUAUGUGUCGGUGCAGGAGCCUCAAUUUGGAAAUAUGUCAUACAGCAUGUUUAUAGUGAGAGGAAGGUCCGACUCAUGCGAGGGAAUCUUCAGUGGUACAAAGUUCUCCAGAAUAAAGAGCUGAAGCAAGUGGAGGGACAAAAUGCAGAUGCUCGGCGUGGGACGUUGCAGAAGGAGAUCUCCGAGCUGCAGACUGAACUCUUUCACAUAGACCAGAAGAUCAGCACGGCCGAGGAGCAGCUCGCUAACGAAGAGCAGAGUGUGAACCGACAUUUUGCUCAGUACGAGGAGAGCCGACUCCGGGAGCUGAUGCUCGAUUCCUUCAGGAUGCGCUGCGCCGAGGAACGUGACGCUCUCACGCGCCACACGCAGACCAUCAGCGUCCAGCGUCAGGCGUUCGAACAGCUCGCCAGGAAAGCCGAGGUGAACGUAGCGUUCGGAGGAUCUGAUGGUGGAGAUGGCAGCACGGCCACAGAGCCUCUGGUUUUGAGGAACGUUCGGGAUCUCUGCAGGGACCGAGUGCUGUUCUUCCAGUCUCUGCAGGAUGACAUGCUGAAGUCCACUUCUUCAGACUUUACACCUGAACAGAGAAGUGCAGCUUAUCAGCACUGGCUCAGUUCCGUGGAGGACGUGCUGCGAGCUUACCCACCCAAUCAGCUCCUUUUGGCUCUGCAGGCUUUGGCUUCCAAACAGCAGGUGGCGCUGGAGGAGAAAAUCGCAGCUUUGGAUGUGGAACGUGACGUUUCUGCUCUCGGUUUCAGGUAUGAGAGCGAUCAUCUGCUCGACGUGUCUGUGGAGGAAGAGGAGGACUUGCCACCUGUACGCAGUCUGUUACAGUCUGCGUGGGAGGAGGUGGAGCAGAGUUACAUGCACCUGGCUGCAGUACGGAGUAGAGUUAAGAGAAUGAACGCUGAUCUCGAGGCUCUACAGAAGGAGGUCCAGCUGAGGAUUCUGAGGCAGGAUGAUCUCAUUAACCCUGUGGCCCAGAGUGUGUUUGAGUUGGAGCUGCAGGUGGUGAGACAGGCAGCGGUCAGAGACAGCGUGCGAGAGCAGUGCACUCGACUCCAGCAGGAGAACCGAGAGAAGCGCGAGGCUCUGCGCAGCCUCCACACACAGUGGCAAAGCAUCAUGGACUUCAGGCAGCUUGUGGAUAUUAGACAGGAACAGAUACGGAGUCUGAUCAAAGGAAACUCCACCAUGAAGACCGAACUCGCACGUGUUCACUCAGAGCUGAGGCGUUUUGUGCGUGAGAAGCUCAGUCCUCAGUUUGGAGGCGUGACCCGCUCUGCUAAUGAGCUGCGGAACUCCGUGUCCCAGGAGGCCAAGCUCUUUAACUCGGUGUCUCUGGCUGCUCUGGAUCGCAGGACUGUAGACGGGGACAGAAUCCCGGCGGAUCAGUUCUCCUUGAACCGUGUCGACUCUCCGGCUCUGCAUGUCCUCCGUCAGAGCCUCAACACACCCCUAUACAUGGCACCCGAGUUGUUGUUCUCUCAGGCGGUGUCUCAGAGGCUGCAGCUGCGUUUCCUGCGUCGCCUCCUGCAGCUGCAUACAGACUCUCUAACGGACACACAGAACCGGACAGCACAGCUGCCUGCUCCUAAUCAGCAGGCUUUGAUGCAGUGUGUGAAAGUGGAGGAUGCAGCCUUGCUGCAGUCUCUGUUGCCUCGAAUUCAGGAUUUGACACAGAGGUGCUCGAAGGGCGUGGCCUACGCGAGUCAGGUCAACACAGCCAUCACACACUGGUGGGAGCAGCCGGCCCAGUUUGCUCUGCCAGACGUGCAGCAGGACGGACUGACUUUCCAGCAGUGGCUGCAGAGAUGGAAACUGGCUACGAAGGCGCGUUAAUCUACAGGCGAAGCGCAGCGUCGGUCCUCUAAAGCUACAACUUGUACUUCUGAAUAAUGGUCCGCUUCUCCGUUUUCAUCAAAGGUUUAUUUUUUAUUGAAAUGUACGAGUUUUUUUACAGCGGAACUCAAUCGCACAGGCGUCCAAGAAAACGGUCCUGUUUUUCAGUGUAGUCAGUUUCUUUUUAAGAAAAAGAGGAGGUGGGGCCAAGCAGGUCUAUUCCUGGGGGAGGGUGGAUGCUGAAGCUUGAAUUGAAGAGGGUUCGUAAGGUGUGUGUGUGUGAGACAGAAAAAAGAAUCAGGCAGCGCUGCUCAUUCAGGGUGGUUUGUAAUGUAAAUCUUUCCAGCUCCACUUGAUGGCAUCAUUCAGACAGACAUGUUUCUGUACACUCAUGAUUUUUUUUUUUUUUUUAAAUACAUAUUUUACAAUUUUCUCUCCAAUAAACAACGAGAACGAAUUUUCGCCUCCUGA